GAAAGAGAGAGAGAGAGAGAGAGAUCAAUGAGAAACAUUCGUUUAGGUCUUUGCUUGAACUAAGCGAGGGCGAGAGAUCGUUAAGAGAUAGACGACUGUGGGAGAUCGAUGGACCGUAGAGGAGGGUGCUGCAUAGCCAGAUACGCCCCCGGAGGCGGCGGCGGCGGCGGCGGUCCUUAUGAUAUGUCCAAAGUGGACCGGAUAAUGCUCAGGUUCCGCCCCAUCGCGCCCAAACCGGCGUGCGGGGGCUCCUCCUCCGGCGGAUCUUCGCCGGAGAGCAAGGACACCCGCGUGCGGCCCGGCCGAGGCAGGAGACGGCAAGUGAGGAGCGGCGGCAACACCACCACCAAACGCUCCAGCAGGAAGAGGAGGGCUUGCAGCAAAGAGAAGGUCGGAUAUGCGUUGCCGCCUGGAGAGAAGGUGACUCUGCCGCUGUUGCCGGAGAUGCCCGAGCACAAAGUCGGCGGCGAUCUCCGGAACGUGAAGGCCGGCUUGAGGCAAGCUGCUGAUUAUUACAGAUGUGCCAUGGAUCCGGUCCUCUCGAGGGACUCGGACAAAGGGCAAACGCAGAACGUGCCGAAGUGGCUUAGGUUCGACGAUAACGCGCCAAAGCCGGCGCCUCCUCUGUUGCAGCCUUUGGGCAGACCGUCCCCGUGCGUGACGGUGGAGUGCGUGACGGACACGUGGGUGGACGGGGAGGCGCUAGGGCGCACCGACGAGGAGAGGUGGUGGAAUCUGGAGCGGGACACGUGCCCCGGGUUCACGUCGGACGGCCUGGGGAGGGUGACGUGGAUCAACGGGGCGCUGAGGAAGAUGGUGGGGCGGGAGGAGGACGAGGAGGGGGAUUGCCGGGUGUGGUUGGCGGUGAGGGAGGAGGCGAGGGGGAUGAUGUGGGGAGCGUUCACGUGUAGGGUAAGGAUGGAGUACACGUGGGGGAGGGAGAGGAGGGCGGUGACGCUGCCCUGCGACGUGUGGAGGAUGGACGGCGGAGGGUUUGCAUGGAGGUUGGACGUGGAGGCUGCGCUGCGCUUGGGACGAUGAUCAACGGAAAAAGGUGAUCGGCUGGCUCAGCUUCCGAUGAGGAUAAUAACCAAGUCCCGGCCCCAAAAACCUCCCUGGGAAGAACAUAAC